ACCUGUCCCCCAGGAAACAUUUCACAGUUCCCCUUUUUUUACCAAUAGUUAGUCGUGUCGGAUUGAGUUAAAGUUUUAUUUUUUAAAAGAUUUGCUGAUUUCAUGUUCUCAGAUGGACCGCGUGGAUUUGAAAAGAGACGGUACUGAUGUGAGAAGAAGUACCAGACUAUUGCAGAAUAAAGGAGUCUUUCCCAUUGAUCUGAGACCGAGAGGAGCGCUGAAGAGGAAGAGAGAUGUCACAGCUCUUAUCCCCAAUGAAGAGUGUGGUACAGAGGAAGCAGGUUCUCCUGAUAAGAUGGCAAAGGUUCAGCUCGGGAAAGAUGCAGGAGACGGACAUGAGAACGGGGACCAAAGUAAUACAGUGGAAAUGGAUGUGGAGGAACCUGAAGAUCAGAACCAAGACAUGAGUUCAGAGGAUGAAAGUGGAAAUUCAAAACCUCAAAUCCAGGAAGAAAGUAUCAUCAAAGCAGUGCGUGUGGGGAAUCUGGAAACAGAGGAGAUUCGGGCGUUUCUACAGCGGCAAAGAAAAACAAAUCAAAUGUCACAGGCAACAAAGCCUUCCAAACUGACAGGGUGUGGAGAGACAGUUUAUGGUUCACAGAAUGUGUCAAGAGAACCCUCCACAACAGGCUCUGCUUCUGUUGAACCUAAACCACUGGAGAACAAGACAGACAUUUUGAGUGUAAGGAGCAGCAUAAGAGAGUAUCGGAACAAAAUGGAGGAGAAAGCCAGAGGCAUUUCUGGUGUGAAUCUUCAGGGCAGGGAUAGGUAUCCAUAUGUGAAAGAUCACCCUCCUUCAAGACAACCCCCUCCCUCCCUCAAGAAAACACCCUCCCUCAAGACAAAUAAUAUUCCUGUUAAAAAACAGCUACACCACCCAAACACAGAAGUAAGGAAAAAAUUAAUCACAAAAACUGGUUCAACUUCCCCCUCAAGAGAUGCAUGGGGUGUAUGCAGGUGGUUUCGGUGGGCUGUGUUCCUGCUAGCCUCACUUGCUUUGGGUUUAAUGGGUUACCAACACUUUCCAUCCUCAUUCAACAAGUGGACAAGUGGACAUCAAAACAGAUUGUUGUACGGUGCAACUUUUGAAGCUUACUUAGCUGAACUAAAGACGUUAUUCCCUAGUCAGCGACCGGAACUCUGGAACAGGACUAUGAUCCAUAUUAAGCGCCACCUUAAUCUGACUGAUCCAACUGAACCAGUGAGUCUCAUGCUAACCUCUGGUCGUGAGGCUGAGAAGACUCUGGGCUGUCUGGCUCAACAUUUAGCUGCAGCCUUUUCCAGCACCUUCAACUCCUCAGUCCUGGGUAUUGAUGGAACCAGCAAAAGUGCACAAGACAGUGACCAGGUUAAGAUGGACAUUGAUAAAGCACUGAAAGAAGCCUUUGAGGGCGGUACAAAGGCAGCUGUUAUUCACCGUUUUGAAGAGCUUCCUCCUGGAUCCACACUCAUCUUCUACCGCUACUGUGAUCAUGAGAAUUCUGCCUUUAAGAAAGUCUUUUUGGCUUUCACUGUCAUGCUAGAGGAAGAGGUGGCUUUUUCACCUAAUGCCAAUUUGGGAAUGGUGGAGGAGAUGGUGCAAGAGUACUUAAAAAAGAAGUUUGUGUCCUCUGACAGGACUGCUAAGUUUAACCAGAUGGAUGUAGACAAACUAAGUGGGCUGUGGAGUAGGAUCUCCCAUCUCAUCCUACCGGUAGCUCCAGAGCAGAAGAUCGAACAGCAGGGAUGUUGAGAGAGAGGAUUUUAAUAACUGACCAGGAUUUGAGGAUUUGGUUUUCAGACCAAUGUUUUGCUACUGGAUUGUAAUACUUGUGAUUGUGCAGCUAAAUGACACCUUGACACCUGGAAUAUUAUCUAAUUGUGAAAACUAAAUCUGUGAGGCUAGGUUUCUUCAAAAACCUUGGACAUAUGCAACAGGAUCUCUGUAAGGUCAUGCACUUAAUGUCAUGGCACCAGUGUUUAGCGAAUAUUGCCAUGUUAAAAAUACUUUAAUAUAAAAUGUAAAUAUAUUACUAGUUUGUUAUGCA